ACACUGAGCUCCUUAGCACCAAAUGAGCGUCAUUUACACUCGACAGUCCGCCCAAGUCCCGUUGCUGACCUCCACAGUCACCAGACCUCAGUUCAACAGCUUAUCUUUCUUUACCUUUGGGAAGCGAUUGAGACCAACAUUAUGGAUGAGCACGUGUACACGCCAGUAGAGGGGACAAAGUAUGGUAAUAUCUCGUGUGAUCUGGAGCUCGAGCACUUAAAGCUCGAAUCGUGUUUCAGCUCAUUAAGACAUAAUGAUGGAGGUGGGAGACACAAGUGAGCAACUACCUGCCGUUAGGCUAACGUUUGAUGCUAACUCGCGAGCUUGUUUGAGGCUAAAAAGCACCAAAUGUUUACUCGGCGAAUUAACGUCCAUAUUUGAAUUGAGGUUAAAACUUACCUUGACAAGGUUAUCCAUGAGUUUCCCCAAGUAAAUCCAGCAGUUGCUCACUAUUGUUUACAAAAUGCGUGUCGCAGAAUGAUGACGUAAUGCAGCGAAUUGCAGUACGAUGACGUAUCGUGAAUAACUACGAGGAAAAAAAUGGAAAUAGAAUAUCAUAUUGUCAUACGAAACGAAAUAAUAAAUGACUUUGAUUAGAAAAGAGACUUUUUUAGGUACUAGUACAAGAAUUAAAAGGCGAUCAAAUGACAGACAAGACAGCUAAACGAACAGUUAGUAAGGAGCAUAGGGGAGAGUGGGGUAAGUUGAGCCGAAGGGUAAAUUGAGCCACCCCCUGGCAAAAGAAAUUGAUCAUGUGACCAAAUAUUAAGGAAAUGAGCAUCAAUUCAUGAAGUCUGUGAAGGCUAGAAGCACAUGGGUGAAGGGAUUGGACAUUUAUUAAAAAAAAAAAAAAACAUAUUUCACUCUUGAAAGUGAAAUUUAGUCUGUCAUAAGUUUUAUUACAGUUGUAUUCAGACCAAAAAAGAUCAUUUUAAAUAUGUUUUAUACAUCAAUUGUGGUAUCUAUGAGCUACAACAUGAGGUCAGAAACCUAGCAUAAAAGUCCAUCAUUUUAGCUGAGAGGACGAAUAAAGUCAUAAUAGCAGUUCGGGGGUGAGUUAAGCCAGUGGCUCAACUGAGAAAGUAAAGGAGUACAAUGAGAGGAUCAGAGUAUCAGUUCAGAUUGUUGAAAUGUGUUACUGUUUCUUUUCAAAAAAUCACACAUCUGUGAAUGCUCUGAGUCUUUCUUAGUACACUUAAAGGCAUUCCCAUGUUAAAAUGUAUUUUUUACAAAACAGGUUUUUAGCAGUUAUAUGCAAUAAUAAUAAAAAUAAUUUGUGCACCAGUUGAAUAGCGUAUGAUUGAUAAAAAUACACAUGAAUGAACGUGUGUGUGUUUGUGUGUGCGCGCGCUUGUGUUUCAUGCUACCUAUUUGGGUUUUCAGGGCUGCACAACAUCUUGAAAUAUAUGCAGAUGAACUAGUUAGAGACAAAACUAUGAUUGCCUUGAUGUAGUGAUCCAAAAUAUGAAAAAUGGCUCAUCUUACCCCGCUCUCCCCUAAAGUAGACACUAUGAAAAGAAGAAAUGCAGAAAUUAAAAUUAAAACCAAAAUAUUAGCAUUUUGGCUGUAAAAGUGGUAUGAGGACAUCAAUGAUGGGGCAGAAUGAUUGAAAGAAGACUUUAAAGGGAGGAAAUAGCCCAAUUCUGCCUGGAUUAUGACUUGAUCUGUUUUAAACAAAAUACUUAACUCUAAUAGUUGAUAUCUACUUUACAAAUAAAAAAAGUACAUUACCAGACAGUGGGGUAAAAUGCCCCAUGAUGGUUACCCUGACACACAACCACUUUUGGGGAUUAAUGUCUCUAAAACAAGUGCAGUUGGGUCUUUGAGUUUUGGACACAAAACAAAGAGGGUAUUGUUGUAAUUGAUGUGAUUCUGUACAAUUUUCCUGUCCUGUUUAGGGUUAACAGGUCAACACAGUCUGGGAACAGACAUGCAGUGUUUUGUGACUUCUACGUGACCCCUGAACUCAACAAAGGAGUCAAUGUAGGCUUGAAAGAUGAAAGGAAUUGAGAGGCGCUACAGAGUAUGUAUGUCCACUCUUUGUUCCUUAAGAAAAAAGUUGAAGUGUUUAUAUAUUUAUAGCUGUGUAGUCCGAGUCUGUACGUGGACAUUUAAAUCACGAGAAAUAAUUUAUUUACAGAAACAAUUUAAAAGCCAUUUUAAAAAUACAGUGUGAAAAAAAGUGAUAAUUUAAUAGUAUUCAAGGGGUCAGAAACACUUUGUUUUGCUCUGUCUUUUAAAUGUCUUAGGGUAAACUUGCCUUUCCUUUUGUCCUUCAGUGGAAACACGGUGAAAGAUGACAGAUGGAAGACUAUAUCUGAUUUUGAAAGCAAUUUUUAAAAUACAAUUAUAGACUAAUUUAAAGGCACUUAAUCAUUUUCUAUUUCUGCCAAUUCUGGUCUGCUAAUCAGGAGGUCCUUUUUUAUUUCUUUUGGCUAAAAUAUUAAUGAGUUUAUGUGCUAUUUUUAAUUUUAACUAGGUGGUAUAAACCUGUCUUUUCCACACUUAACACCAUUAUUAUGCCAAAGCAGGACAGAAAAGCCUGUGAAUGAGCGCGGCAGGUGCAGUAUUUGCACACAGCCUCAUGAAUAGCCGCUUCCCAUUAAGCAUGCACGACUCUGAAGCGCGCAUAAAUAAUAGCUGGCAGUGCUGCUAAAAAAGCGCACCUUGGGGCCUCCCCCCUGUCCUCUCCUCCUCCUCCUCCACCCUCCCUCCACCGGCUUUCUCUUUAUUCUCUUUUUCUGUCUCUCUCCCGGGAAUUUACCCCGUUUUGUUUGUUUCCCUCUAUGACUGCACAGACUACAAGACAAGUACUUUUAUCUGAAACAGACCUAUUUUUUGCGUGUUUUAGCUGUGCAUUAGAUAUUUGUUCUUUAUUUAAUAAUUCUGAGACUAUUUUGUGUUCACAUGUCUCGUCCGUCCCGCAUUUGUAAUCCUGCGCCUUGCAGAACGAAUCCGCUGGACUCGUGCCGUCCUGUUGAGACGCGAGAGGCAUAGACACCAGCUUGCAUCAGAGCAAAACAACACCAGCCUCCAUCACGGAAAUAAGACUCUUAAACAUCCUUCUAAUCUGAAUUGUGUCGGAGAAUUUCGCCGAGAAGUUGCAUGUGCAGGAGUGUCGGUGUACUCGAGCGGGACAGCAGGAAUGGGAUACCCGGGCAGAGGAUGGACGCUCCUGGUUUGGGUCGCUGCUGUCAGCCUGGUGCUAGCAGAUGGACGCAGAGUGAGACAGCCCAGAUGUCCCGUUGGAUGUACCUGCACCAAAGAUAACGCCCUGUGUGAGAACGUCCGAACUGUACCUCACGCUUUCCCAUCAGACGUCGUUUCACUGUAAGUAGUCCUGCAACCUAUAAGACUCUCAGUGUACAAUAAAAUGUGGUGUAGAUUCAAGAAAUAGCACAUCCUAUUGGCCAUUUAAGUCUUAUACAUAUUGUUUAAUGUGUUCUGCAUCCUUUUAGAUCCUUUGUCAAGUCUGGAUUUAAUGAAAUAACAGGAGGAAGCUUUGUUCACACACCUGCCCUGCAACUAUUGUGAGUAUCAAAUCUAUCUAUCUAUCUAUAUCUAUCUAUCUAUCUAUCUAUCUAUCUAUCUAUCUGUCUCUCUGCCUGUCCGUCUGUCUGUCUUCACUUUCAGUACCCAGACAAUGAGGCAGCCCCCCCUCCCCACAGACGACUUUUCCCCCUCUAAGUCUGAUAUGCAGAUUUAAAGGGGGGAUUCUCUGUAAUGGUGUCAGGAUUAUGCAAUACACCACAUGGCUACAACAUCUAACAGAAUGGGUUAUGGGCUGAUUCGAGGUUCUGUAUAUUUGCACAGAGGAUAUAGACAGGUAGAGAUAUAUAGUAAACAUGUCACAUCUUUACUCACUGAAAAAAAAUUGUGCUACAUCACAAUUAAACAAAAGAUAGUGCCAAUUUUUCUUGCAAUUUAUUCUGAAUAAGACAUUCCUGAUGAAGCCGUUUGGUAGGACUGGAGUCUAUUAAGCAGUUUCAUACAAACAGCAAGGCUAGGAUUAGCUGUCCUCUGUAAUCGCACUUGUUUAAUGACAAAACAUUCUCCUGGCAUCACUUUUUCCACGUGCUCACAUUGCAUUAAAUUGUUCUGGAUGUGCAUGAGGGCUUGCGUGCAGAAGGAGGGGGAAUUUAGACAGUCAAGUGAAUGAGCCGCAUAGCCCUUCUCUCCUUCACUCUCUCAUUAUUUACUGCCUAUGUGACCUGUAGUAUCUUAACCCCCAUUAGAGUACCACUUAAUCAAUGGAGCAUCUCUUUAGCCAACAUUAUGGGUGCACAGGGUCACAGUUGCUUGAAUUCAAAGCCAAAAAAAAAAGACUGAAGUUUUUCAUUUCAAAGCUAGGUAUUCAGCAUUUUGAUGUAUUUUAAUCUGAAUGUCUUUUUUCAUGGUUCAAUUUUGAAACCAGAUUGUUGUGAAAAUCUGCUAUACUUCAAGUGUGUCACAUGUUUCAUAUCUGGGUUUUAAGAAGUAGAGGCACAGAAUGCAAUAUUUGAGGACACUUUUUUGUGUGACUGGUUGAAAGGGUGACUCAGAAACAUGUAGGAGGCUUUCAUUCCUCUCUUUCAUCCAGUUCAUGGAAACCAUGUAGGAGUGAUCCACCAUUUCUCUGUUUGAUCCAUUUCAUUCAUUCGGUAACCACACACUGUGGGCAAAAAUGUCGAAUGAGUCCAUUGUCUGAUAAAGUAAUUCUCACGCCUCAUCACUCCAUCCUGUUUUCCCUCUGUUUCACAAUCCCUGAUCUUUCAUUCAUACUAUCCCAAUACAACCGAACAACUGUGAAUAUCAUUAAGAAUCCAGUCAAUGAAACACCACCACCAACAACAACUUCUGGGUGUAGUUGCUGUGCUCUACAUUAAUGCAAUUUUCCUUUUCUUUUUCUUGUCAGAUUGUUCACAGCAAACUCCUUUGACCUGAUUGAUGAGGAUGCGUUCCUGGGUUUACCACAUCUGGAAUAUCUGUGAGAGAAUCAUUCAUUUUUUCAUAAACACUUGAUGUAAAAGCUGCACUGUACAAGAAGAUGGAUGGGACAACUACUGUCUGGAAGUGAAACCAAAAUACAGUUCUCCCAAGUGAUUGGCUGCAGUCUAGGUCAUUAAGACUAUACCGCCUUAAAGGAGUGGUAUCAUGCUUUUCCACAUUUACAACAAAAAAUGCAAAGUUACAGUGUUGGUGUGUGUACUAAAUGUGUGCAAAGUUUCAAAUCACGAGGUUAAUGUGUGUUGUCAUUAUCCUAGUAAAUACAGUGCAUCCGCAAAGUAUUCAUACCACUUCACUUUUUCCACAUUUUGUUAUGUUACAGCCUUAUUCCAAAAUGGAUUAAAUUCCAUUUUUCCCUCAAAAAUUCUACACAAAAUACACAAUAAUGACAAAGCGAAAAACUUUUUUUUAGGACAUUUUGCAAAUUUAUUCAAAUUAAGAACACUCAAAUGUUGCAUAUACAUAAGUAUUCACACCCUUUACUCAAUACUUGGUCGGCUUUCCAAAUCAUGUCCAAUCAGCUGAAUUUGCCACAGGUGGACUGCAAUCAAGUUGGAGGAACAUUUCAAAGCUGAUCAGUGGAAACAGGAUGCACCUGAGCUCAAUUUUGAGUUUUAUAGCAAAGGGUGUGAAUAAAUUUGCAAAAUGUUCUAAAAAAAGUUUUUCGCUUUGUCAUUAUGGGGUAUUUUGUGUAGAAUUUUUGAGGGAAAAAGGGAAUUUAAUCCACUUUGGAAUAAGGCUGUAACAUAACAAAAUGUGGAAAAAGUGAAGUGGUAUUAAUACUUUCCGGAUGCACUGUAGAUGUGAACUUCGUCAUUACAACAAAGGGACGGCAGCUAAAACGAAGCAUUUUAGGCUAGGGCUGAAAUAAUGGCAUUUUAAUACACCUGAGUAAGAAACACAGGACUUUUUCAAUCUUAAAAUUAUGUAAAUCUAUUAAAGAGGCAUCACAGAGGAAGAAUAGAGUCUUAAUAAAUGCAUAACACCCCUUCUUUAAUGUUAACAGAUGGGAUAUGACAUGAAGAUUAAAAUACAGAUGAUAUGAAAUUUUCCCAAUCAUAAUUUCUGUAAUGAAAGCUAGUUCCUCUCAUGCAUUUUUUUUUUUUUUUGAAAAAGUGAGUUUUGGUUGGAUGUUUGGUUUCAUGAAAACAGGAUGUGGACAUGAUUGAUAGCUCUAUAGGCAAUUGCGAACUACUGCAGCAUCCUUUACCAGAUUAGCAAAGUAGAGGAGCAACAGCAUAAGAAAAUGCACAAACCCAAGAGUCAUUUAAUUCCGACAACCAUGUCUUUCUGCUUCAGAGCAGCUCCAGAAUCUGUUCUGCUGUAGACUGUACUGACCCAAAGAAUAAUUGAUGUGUUAUCACAAAUGGUGUUUGUCAAUUGGAAAAAGUGGUACGGUGCCAGUCCUGCAGCUCCACCAGCAAGACUGCUUUAACACAUGCCUUGGCACCAAAAUAUUUCACCAGGGCAACAUAUCAGCAUCAUUCGCCUUUUGGCCUCACUAUUUUACAGUGGGGAAAUUUGGUGACACAUCAUUCAUAUUAACAUACAGUCAGUCAUCUACAGUGGUUUUUUUAAAGGUCAUAAGAGCACAAGCCAUCUCCAAAUGGCACAUUUUCUGUUACGUGGUCUUUUAUAUUUUUAUUUAUUUAUUUGUGCAUUUAUUUCUCGUAGCUGUCAAGUGUUGUAUUCAGAAACAAAAGAGUCCUAUCUGUCAGCAAAUUCAAGCAAAAUUGCCAUUUUAAUGCCCCUGCGCACUCCUGCUUCAACUGUUCAUGUGUUUUCAGUUAUGAUGCUCAAUUAAGGGAGUAAAAACUACAAUUUUAUGGUUCUUCUGAGUUCAUAAAGGUUUUCUGACCUCAUGUAACUCUUAGCUGAACUCAACUCUACAAUAACCUGAGCUAAAGCUUAAUUGGUAAGUGUUUGAUAGAAAACACAUGCUUUGUUUGAGCAAGGUUUCAAUUAAGCAUGUUUUUCUUGGCUGUGAUGGUAUAAUAAUUACAAUACUGCAAUUGAAAACAACCUGCAGAAAGUAAUUUUUGUCUCAAAAUAAUAUUUGCAUGUGAUUACUUACAUUUUCUUCUCAUUUACAGAUUUAUUGAAAACAACAGAAUUUCAUCCAUAUCACCAUUUGCAUUCCGUGGCCUCAAAUCACUGAUACAUCUGUAAGUCUCUUCUUCCUUCUUUUCUAGUUUUUAAAAUGCUCACAUUAUGUAUUCAACCUCCUAUUGUUAACAAACAGCACAGUGUCUUUCACAAUCUUCUAUUUUCAGUGUAAUGAAGGUUAUGAAUGUAAGUAUUCAGCAUAUUCAGAGAUUAAAACUGUAUAUCAAUUCAACUUUUUCUCCCUCUGUGUCACUUUGUAACAGCCUGAAAAACAAAGGUAGGCAAAGAGCUGCUGCCGGGAGUGAUGAACAAGGUUACUUUCUGAGAGUGUCAGCUGGAUCAGGUUGCUGAAGGGCAGAUCUGGAUGUUUUUCUGCCUUUGCAGAUCCGCUUAGCUUUUUUUUUUUUUUUAACUUUGAAAGUUAAAUUGCAUUGUGCCUCUGAGUGUCAUAUUGCUUUUUCCUUCCAUACAUUAAUGAGCAACACUCAUGAAUGGUAUUGUUUUGUUGCAGGAAUGUUUUCGUAUUGUAUGUCUCUUUCAGGGUGCCUGAAUAGAUUGCAUAGUUUGGAAUAUAUUUAUGUAUUUGGAGUGUUUAUAUAUCUAGAAAAAAAAUUAUUAAUUAGCAUUCUUUCUUGAGGGUAAUAACGUUAGCUAAAUCUUACUAAAGGAAACAAAUAUCUGUGUUUUUGCAAACACUGCUGAUCUGCAAAGCUUGCCAAAACUAAAGAUAGGUGAGAACUUGGGUGACCUGUAGGUCAGAACUAAAUAUAGCUGAAUGCUACCUUACACCAAGUGACCUGUGCUCUGCUGCCUCUUUCUGUCUCUGACAGGUCGUUCCCAACAUGUUUACAUUUAGGCAGUGCAGCCAAAUACAGGGAUACUUCUUGUCAACACCUUGGUGGACUUGGUGUUUAAAACUACCUCCAGUAAAUGUUACACUUCAUCAGCCUCUAUUCUUAUAUAUGCUAAAUGUGUGAUGACUAUGUAGUCAGAUAACAUUAAAACUGAAUUCUAGACAAAUAAAAGCAAUGAUCAGCUGCAUACAGUUUGAAGCCCAUUCAGAAGUGGUGGUGUGAGCAAAAGGUGACCUUUGGCUUUAUCACACCUCUCCUAAAACAGAUGGGAGACAUCACUAAGACUACACCCGUGUUUUGUGCAAUCUGUGGUUGCAACAGACUGUCUGGAGGGAGAAAAUUCCAUUUGUAUUAUAAACAAAGACAAACCAUAGUUAUUUCCCACCAUGUAUGUUUUACAAGAAAUAUUACAACAUACUGAGGUUGUAAUUGACGCAAGCACAAUCAUAAGAUUGUCUGCAACUUGAUAGGUAAGCUUUGAUUUGCUUCGAAGACUGACAAGACUGAGUUGGCCACGGGAAUAGUUUUUCAUGUCACCCACCUGUGUAAAGGCACUUGGUGUUUGUUUUGCCCUAUCUUUAGUUUCUAUGCUUCUAUAACAUGUGACAAAUUUAUAUAUUACUAUGAAAGCAAGAUAUUUGAUAUGAAAACUUUGAUUCUACGCUGAUGUGAGACAUGCCAAACGUGAUGAUCUUGUCAGGGAAGCAGGAAUAAGGAAACAGUGUAUCAUAAUUAAACCCUGAAAAACCACAAGGUUUCACCAUGCAUCAUUUACUGACUCAUAAACCAAAUAGUUUCUACUGUGCCUGUGUUAUCUUUGAUUAAACAGUAACGAUAUUUGCUUGUUACUAGACCAGGCCACAAUGAAUGUUUUGUUUCCAGGAUAGGAGCUCUUUACAGCUUGAAAGAAAACUACACAGUUCUAGUGUAAAGUAAAUAACCUUUACAAAAAUACAAUAACCUUUUCUUUUAUUUGAGAGUAUUCAUUUGAUGCACCACAUACAGUAGAGCCAUUAUUUAAGGACUCAACCAGGAGUCGGCUGCAGUCUUGUCCAGUCUGCUCUAUUUACAUCAUGAUUGAGGAAAUGUACAAACUCUCAGUCGAGGGCCUAACGCUCCUCAGAAAAAUGACUCUUGAGUGACUAAAGAAGCAUUCAUGAACUAGACUGACAUUUCGUUCCAGUUAUGUCUUUCACUUGGUUUUUGGGUUCAGUCUGUAACUCACAAUUUAACAGUUUUGGUUGGUUAGAGCUGUAUCACAGUGUUGGAGAACAUUGACUUUUUAUAAAUGUCAUUUUUUUCUCUAUAAAAACUCAAAUGGUCGCUCAACUUCAAUUUCACAAUUUAUCCACUUGGCUCGUAUAGUCAUAUGCUUUCAGAACACUGACUCUAAUUUGCCCCCCCGAAGCUGGCGCACGGGACAAUUGAAAAGCCAGUAACGACCAGACAGUGUACCAACCCAAUGUCACUUAUGUGCAGCGAGACAGUCUAAUUUAAUUGUGUUUCCUCUCUUUGCUCAUCAGGAGUCUGGCUUACAACAACCUUGAGACCCUGCCCAAAGAUGUCUUCAAGGGCAUGGAUGCUUUGACCAAAGUGUGAGUUCAGUUUGUCUUUCAGUCUGUGUGGUGUGUUGAGACACAGGACAUGCAGUACUCAUAUAACACUCAUUUAUUUAGACUGAAAGUUUUCUUGUUGAAGUUUUGGUUUAGUUAUUAAAUCUUAUGGUAUGAGAGAGUAAAAGAUUGAUGUUGAAGCCAUGCAUUUCAAUGAAGGAAGAGACUAUAAUUUUGAGAUCUGUAACAGAACAUUGGAGCAUCCAAGAAAAAAAAGCAGAUAAAUCAAUCACAAGGAACAGAGAAGGUUUUGGCUUUUUCUUCACUCGCACGAUACGAAUAUUUGAGCAACAGAUAAUGCAUGCUUGAGUGUGAGUAAAUUAAUGGCACAACUAAUAGUAGGCAAGCAAAGACUUUAUAACAGAUAGGUCAUUUGUUGUGGCUGCUGGCUUUAACCCCCCAGUGCUCCCAAAGAGAAAGAGAUCAAUAGGACAGGGAAAUUUAAAAAGGGAAGUUUCUUGUGUACACAGUUCAGGAUAUUCAAAUACAUUCAUCCUACCUGUAGAGAUCUACGUGGCAACAAUCUGAUAUGUGACUGCAAGCUCAAGUGGUUGGUAGAGUGGAUGCACCACACAAAUGCCACCCUGGAUCAGAUCUACUGCAGUGGCCCACCCACCCACCAGGGGAAGAAGCUCAAUGACCUGCUCCCACACUCUUUUGAUUGCAUUGCAUCAGGUAUUUUAUUCCUGACUUAUAAAAGCACAAGACUCUCAUAAGCUGUCUUGCCCUUUCCUCACCUCUUCCAGUUCUUAUCGAGAAUGUCAGAGUUUAGAAUAGAGCUAAAUCUUUGGGAUAAAAAUGCUUAUUGAAAUAUGACAGAAAGAACUGACAGUGAUACCAUCCUUUUCAGAGUUCGCCUCCUAUCAGUCUAUGAAGUUUGAGUCCAUUUCAGUGGAGGCCUUCACCUUUGGUAAAGAUCAGUAUGUUGUGUUUGCCCAACCCUUUGCUGGGACAUGCAGCUUCCUGGAAUGGGAUCAUGUUGAGAUGACCUUCCGUACAUACGACACCAUUGAAAGUGAGUUCAAACUGAAGUAAACAGACGCAUUGUUGUUGCACAGAUGCAUGACAGUCACCUUUGUGAGUAUUUCCACCUGAAAUGUCAAUGUGGAAUUAUUAAUGAGUGAAUGACUGUAUAAAAAUAAUGGUGGUCCAAAUGUCAGUAUUAGUAUCACACAGAGGUUUUUGUACCCAAUGAGAUACAGUAUAAAACAGGCAUUUAAAAAAUAGAUUAAAUAGAUAAAAAUUCACAACAUUGAAAUGUGUUUUUGUCUUUUCUCCAAUUAAUCAGGUACCUCCACUGUGGUCUGUAAGCCCAUGGUGAUCGACAACCACCUUUUUGUCAUCGUGGCUCAGUUGUUUGGAGGCUCGCACAUUUACAAACGUGACAUCUCCGCCAAUAAGUUCAUUAAGAUUCAGGACAUCGACAUCCUCAAGAUUCGCAAACCCAAUGACAUUGAGACAUUCAUGAUCGAUGGGGAAUCUUUCUUUGUCAUUGCUGACAGCUCCAAGGUGAGUUACUCCGGCUGUACUACUGGUCUAAGUCCUUGAAUCAACCUGGAUGUGACCACUAUAUUUUAGCACCUGAUUGCUUGGUAGACACCAGCAAACGAAACUCCUGUUGUAGUAUAGCAUAAAGACUUUCACAUGUACCCGUAUGAUGCAUGUUUAUGAAGCUUUUUAUGUCACAUCUCUAUCCUUUCUAACCGUAUAAUUCAACCUGAUUGAGGAAUUAUUCAGCUUUAAAACUAAAGUUUGUGUUGGUUUUGGCACCCCCCUGUGGACAAGUAACACUUCUUACCUCUUUAUUGAUUUUGUAUAAAUGUGUCAGCUUAUCCUUGCCAUGAAAAUGUGAACAAAAGCCAUUUCGGCAAUCGUUUCAUCUGACAGCAGGGGAUCUCUGUGGAUAAUUCAACUCCAGGUAGAAAACCUUGAAAUCACUGAGCCCCGUAGGGCCUUUUGAGACCCAGUUUCUUGGCCCAAAGUUUGCACCCUGUCAUGCUUCUGCAUUCUCAGUGUAAAAUGAUAAACCUUUGAUAAUGAGAUGCACUUGACUAAAUAUAAGUCAUUGUUUGAAUCAUUAUCUGUUAGCAGAAAGCCUCACUGAUUGCAUCGUUCUGUGCAGGCAUUUCUCUUACUGUAUCCAGCCUCUGACUGCACACUGCUCCUCUAAACCACUCUUCUCACCAUGUCAGCAUUUCCAUCCCUCUGGUGUCCUUCUGUGCUGUGUGUAGUGCACAGCUGCUGAUUACCCUGGCACUGCCAAAUGUUCACAUGUGCUCUAGCAUAUGCUUGGGGACACUUAGGCUAACACUCAAACACAAACAUUUGCUCUCGAACUCAGAAAUUCACAAGUUACUGGCCAAUUGUUUGUCAGGUUUAUUUUUCUCCUGUUUUGUAGUUUAUAUUUUUUGCACUAAGACUUCUUGUGCAUUUUUCCUUCUAGGCUGGCUCCACAACUGUGUACAAAUGGAACGGCAACGGCUUCUACUCCCACCAGUCACUCCACCCGUGGUACCGUGACACAGAUGUAGAAUAUUUGGAGAUCUCCAACAAACCCCACCUAGUCUUGUCUAGCAGCUCUCAGAGGCCUGUGGUCUACCAGUGGAACAGGGGCCAGAAACAGUUUGACCGGAGGACAGACAUACCUGACAUGGAGGACGUCUUCUCUGUCAAGCACUUCCGUGUCCAAGGUGAGAGCUGCAGCUCUUAGAUAUGUUCAUAACUAUCUCCUUGGUUCUCCAUUCAAGCAGGACAUUCUAUGUACAGUAUAUUUAUUAAGGCUGGAGGCAGGUAUUCACUUUUUCAAUGCUUGGAUGAAUAAAGUCUGGGAAUAUGCCAUUUGGUUAACAGUGGAUUUUGACUCAGGGCCAACAUUUGGUCAAUUAAAUAAAAGAAUUUAUGACUCGUGCUCUUUAGAGUGCAGCUAAUUUAUUCACUUUAGCACCAUGUUGCUCUGCACUUCAUAGACAUUUGCUUUGACAGUGCCAACAGUGAAUGUCAGUGUACACUGUGAUAAAAUCUGGAUGUUUUACAUUGUAAUUUUUUUUUUUGCAUUUUUGUCUUUCCAAGGAAGACCUUAUCUAUGAAGGACUCUAUGUUUGAAAAUAUAUAUAGCAAGAUGUGAAUGAUUUUGGAAUUAUACAAACUUUGUUCAGCUUUUCUGUUUCAGAUCCAGCCUGAGCAGUUGAAUGUGAGAGUGUAACAGUCUCCUGAAUCUUUUCAAAGGUGAGCUGUUUAUAUGCCUGACAAGAUUCAUCGGGGACUCCAAGGUGAUGCGCUGGGACGGUGCCAUGUUCAAAGAGGUCCAGACAUUUCCUUCCCGCGGCUCCAUGGUGUUCCAGCCUGUCUCCAUCGGCAACUGGCAGUACGCCAUCUUGGGCAGCGAUUAUUCACUGACGCAGGUCUACCAAUGGGACACCAAGAGGGGCCAGUUUGUCCCAUCACAGGAGCUGAAUAUCCAGGCGCCUCGAGCAUUUUCCCUGGUUUCUAUUGACGAUCGAGUGUUUCUGCUCGCAUCCAGCUUCAAGGGAAAAACUCAAAUAUAUGAGCAUCUCAUGAUCGAUUUGAGUAAUUAAACCCACUCUCAGUUUGUGACAAGUUAUCGAAAUACAUUUGAAUGUUCUUUUCCUGUAAUUAAAAACUGAACUUUAACAUCCAUCAGCAGUUCUCACCUAAGGUUUGAAAAAAAGAGAUACAUACAAGAAAAAGCUGAAAUAUUACAAAUAGGAUUCAUGACCUUAAGUUGAAAUUUUUUCUGAAGUAAUUAUUAAAUUAUUUGGUAGGUCAAUAUUUGGCAACUUCUGAGUUUUUAAAUCGGCUUGUGUUUUUAGAUUUGUGAACACCUUAUGCUAUUUGAAAAACCUUAACUUCACUCAAAGUGCGAACUGACUAUCUUUCAGGAAAAACAAGCUAUAGAAUCUGUUGUUCAACACUGCAAGUGCCCUUGCAGUUACUGGACAUAAUGUAUAUUUUCUUGGUAAGUCAACUUAAUGCAGCAUUUAUAUUUCUACAGUAGCAGUUUUUUAGUCCAGAUUUGAAGUUUGGUAGCAUUAAAUUACAGUAGGACAAAAUGAUUAUAGGAAAAUAGGGGGAAAAUCUUAGGGUAGGAAGGUAAAAUGUCUGGAUUGAGUUUUUCUUUGAUAUCAGUUUUCCUUGAUUGAAAUAUCUGGAUUGAGUUUUUGGAAGCAACUGUGAUGUUUGAGGAUUUGGGGUAGAAGCAUUAGGCUUGUCAUUGUUGGACCAUGUCAUUUUAUAUUUUCUAUACUGACCAUUUACAACUUUCAUGCAACAGGAUUCAACAACUUUUUCCCAGCAUCAAAAGUGUGGAUUUGUUUUAACACAUUGUACAAAACAAACUGUGUCACAAUAAUGUGUGAAAAAACAAAAAGCAGGAUACCGCAAGAGGUAGUUUGUUAUUGUAAUGGGACUACUCUCUGUGAAUUAUGUCCAUUACUUCAGGGCACCAUGGCAGCAGUUCAGCUUGUAUUCCAUCAGUCUAUAGUUAUGACUUUUACCCUUACAAGUGGGACCCUAAUGUAUACAUUUCAGGUACAAAAUACUGUAACAGAGAUAGCCUUCUCUAUCCUUUCUACUCUAUGGCUGUCAGUUAAGCAAGACUGCACGCAUGACACAAACUCCAUUGGUGUUGAUUCCUGAUGAAUGACCAGCUAGAAGCGUCCCACUGUGUCACCUCGCCCUCCCCCUUUCACUGCACUCUUGCCCCUUUUCUCCCUCAUUGACAAAGCCAUUGUUGUCUUUACUCCACCACUAAAAAGCCAACCACUGUGCAGCACCUAGUACCUGUGCUUUCACAAACACACACACCUCUUAUUCUGACACAUAGGACACAAAAUUCUAAUAAUUAACACCUUUACUGACAACAAUUUGCCAAAUAUAAUGUUUACGUUUCUACAGUACUGUGUAAAGUAAUUUAUAUACUGCUUUUGUAUGUAGAGGGGACCACACUCAGUGUUUUAUUUUUGUGUAGAAAUAGACUUUAAUAUAGAUACAACUAAAAUAAAUGGAGAUCACAACCCUUAAUGCUCUGUAAUAUGCUACUCUAGCCAAACAGUGCAGGCUUAAAUGUGUAUGUGUAAGUAUGUUGGGUAAUAAUAGAGGUUUUUAGCUGUUGUCAUCUUGUCAAUGUAUUUUUAGUACAGUAGAAAUAAAAUGCUAAAAAGCUACAUCAGACUAA